AAUAUUUACAACGAAUUAAGGCUGGUUACUUUAAAAGUCUUGUUUCAAGAAUCAGAUGGUUUUUAUCAUUAAAUUGCAUUUUAAAAAUUACUGAAACACUGUAUGUAACACAGGCAUAAAUUAGUCGUGAGAUUCAAGAGCAGUUUUCUGAUACUUUUUUCUUUUCAGCAAGGGCUCAGUACCCGAAAACAACUAUGGAGAGGAAAAUACUUCCCAUUUACUUUUUGUUGCUGCUUUCUGUUUUCUUGAUUCAGCAAGUUUCUUCUCAAGAUUUAUCAAGCUGUGCAGGGAGAUGUGGGGAAGGGUAUUCUAGAGAUGCCACCUGCAACUGUGAUUAUAACUGUCAACACUACAUGGAGUGCUGCCCUGACUUCAAGAAAGUCUGCGCUGUAGAGUUUUCCUGUAAAGGCCGCUGCUUUGAGUCCUUUUCAAGAGGGAGGGCGUGUGACUGUGACUCAGAAUGUAAGAAGUACGGCAAGUGUUGUUCCGAUUAUGACAGUUUUUGUGAAAAAGUGCACAGUCCUGCAUCACCACCACCUUCAAAGUCUGCACCUCCACCUCCAGGAGCAACUCAGACCAUCAAAUCAACAACCAAACGUUCACCCAAAUCAUCAAGCAAGAAGACUAAGAAAGUUAUAGAAUCAGAGGAAAUAACAGAAGAACAUUCUGUUUCUGAAAAUCAAGCGUCUUCCUCCUCCUCUUCCUCAACUUUUCGGAAAAUCAAGUUUUCCAAAAAUUCAGCUGCUAAUAGAGAGUUAAAGAAGAAACCCAAAGCAAAAGACAACAAGAAGAAAAGAACCCCUGAAACGAAACCUACCCCAGAACCACCAGUAAUAGAUGAAGCUGGAAGUGGACCGGACAAUGGUGAUUUCAAGCUCACCCCAACUCCUAACAUUCCCACCACUCAACGUAAUAAAUUUACCACAACUCCCAAGAUUACAAUAGUAAAACCAAUACUUUCUAAACCCAGUAUUCCACCUAAUUCUGACACAACUAAAGAGACGCCUUUGACAGCCAAUAAGGAGACAACAGAUGAAACUAAAGAGACUUCUACAACAAAUAAACAGACUUCAACUACUGCAAAAGAGAAGACUACUUCAGCUGAAGAGACACAAAAUGCAGAGAAAACAUCUACUAAAGACUUUGCACCCACAUCUGAAGUUCCUGCUACAUCUACACUCAAAGCUGAAACUAUAAGCAAAUCCCCUGCUCUCACCUCUCCCAAAGAGCCAGCUCCCACCACCAAGGAAUCUACACCCACCACCACCAAGGAGCCAGCUCCCACCACCAAGGCAUCUACACCCACCACCACCAAGCCUGCUCCCACCACCAAGGCAUCUACACCCACCACCACCAAGGAACCAGCUCCCACCACCAAGGAAUCUACACCCACCACCACCAAAGAGCCAGCUCCCACCACCACCAAGGUGCCUGCUCCCACCACCACCAAGGAGCAAGCUCCCACCACCAAGGAAUCUACACCCAUCACCACCAAAGAGCCAGCUCCCACCACCACCAAGGAGCAAGCUCCCACCACCAAGGAAUCUACACCCAUCAACACCAAAGAGCCAGCUCCCACCACCACCAAGGAGCAAGCUCUCACCACCAAGGAAUCUACACCCAUCACCACCAAAGAGCCAGCUCCCACCACCACCAAGGUGCCUGCUCCCACCACCCCUAAGGAGCCAGCUUCUGCCACCCCCAAGGAACCUACUCCAAGUUCUCCUAAUACACCUGCUCCAACCACCUCAGAGGCCUCUACUUCAACUAUCACCAUGAAGCCUCCCACUACUCCUAAGGGCCCUGCUGAAUCAACUCCUGAGUUUCCUGUAGAACCCACACCAAAGACUCUUGAAAACAGUCCCAAGGAGCCUGCUGUACCUACAACCAAGGCUCCUAAAGUGACCAAACCUGAAAUGACUACAACAGCUAAAGACAAGGCCACAGAAAAAGACACAACUGAUACCAUGGCAUCAUCCAAAAUUACUCUUAAAGCAACAACUCUUGCACCCAAAGUAAUGACAGCAACAAAAAAGACAACUGAAGAGACUACAAGCAAACCUGAACCAACAACAGCUAUACCAAAAGGUACAGCUACUAACCCUCAAGUGACAACUCCUAAACCCCAAAAACCAACCAAAGCACCCAAAAAGCUCACUUGUACCAAAAAGACAAAAACACCUAAAGUGAGAAAACCGAAGACUACACCAACUCCCCCAAAGAUGACAUCAGCAAUGCCUAAAUCAAACCCUACCUCUUUAGCAGAAGCCAAGCUCCAAACCACCACCAGCCCUAACCAAACUCCCAACUCAGAAAUAAUCGAAGUAAAUCCAAAGAAUGAAGAUGCAGAUGCUACUGAAGGAGAAAAACCUCACAUGAUUCCUAGGCCCCCUGUGUUAACUCCUAUAGUUAUUCCAGGCACUGAUUUCAUAGGGAGAGGACCCAGUCAAGGCAUUGGCAUCAACCCCGUGUUUUCAGAUGAGACUAAUUUAUGCAACGGUAAGCCGGUAGAUGGACUGACUACUUUGCGCAAUGGGACAUUAGUUGCAUUUCGAGGUCAUUAUUUCUGGAUGCUAAAUGCAUUCAGUCCACCAUCUCCACCUCGUAGAAUUACUGAAGUUUGGGGCAUUCCCUCCCCCAUUGAUACUGUUUUUACUAGAUGCAACUGUGAAGGAAAAACUUUCUUCUUUAAGGAUUCUCAGUACUGGCGUUUCACCAAUGAUAUAAAAGAUGCAGGGUAUCCCAAACUAAUUUCCAAAGGAUUUGGAGGACUAAAUGGAAAAAUAGUGGCAGCUCUCUCAAUAGCUAAAUACAAGAACAGACCUGAAUCUGUGUAUUUUUUCAAGAGAGGUGGCAGCAUUCAGCAGUAUACUUAUAAACAGGAACCCACCCAAAAGUGUACUAGAAGAAAGCUUGCUAUAAGUUAUCCAGUGUAUGGAGAAACGACACAGGUUAGGAGACAUCGAUUUGAACGUGCUAUAGAGCCUUCUCAAACACACACCAUCAGAAUUCACUAUUCACCCAUCAGAGUCACUUAUCAAGACAAAGGUUUCCUCCAUAAUGAAGUUAAAGUGAGUACACUGUGGAGAGGACUUCCAAAUGUGGUUACUUCAGCUGUAUCACUGCCCAACAUCAGAAAACCUGAUGGCUACGAUUACUAUGCCUUUUCUAAAGAUCAAUACUAUAACAUCGAUGUGCCAACUAGAACAGCAAGAGGCAUUACUACUCGUUCUGGACAGACCUUAUCUAAUGUCUGGUACAACUAUUCUGCCUCCACAAAUACUUCAUCUCCAUCAUCGCCUGCUCCCACCACCCCUAAGGAGCCAGCUUCUGCCACCCCCAAGGAACCUACUCCAAGUUCUCCUAAUACACCUGCUCCAACCACCUCAGAGGCCUCUACUUCAACUAUCACCAUGAAGCCUCCCACUACUCCUAAGGGCCCUGCUGAAUCAACUCCUGAGUUUCCUGUAGAACCCACACCAAAGACUCUUGAAAACAGUCCCAAGGAGCCUGCUGUACCUACAACCAAGGCUCCUAAAGUGACCAAACCUGAAAUGACUACAACAGCUAAAGACAAGGCCACAGAAAAAGACACAACUGAUACCAUGGCAUCAUCCAAAAUUACUCUUAAAGCAACAACUCUUGCACCCAAAGUAAUGACAGCAACAAAAAAGACAACUGAAGAGACUACAAGCAAACCUGAACCAACAACAGCUAUACCAAAAGGUACAGCUACUAACCCUCAAGUGACAACUCCUAAACCCCAAAAACCAACCAAAGCACCCAAACAGCUCACUUGUACCAAAAAGACAAAAACACCUAAAGUGAGAAAACCGAAGACUACACCAACUCCCCCAAAGAUGACAUCAGCAAUGCCUAAAUCAAACCCUACCUCUUUAGCAGAAGCCAAGCUCCAAACCACCACCAGCCCUAACCAAACUCCCAACUCAGAAAUAAUCGAAGUAAAUCCAAAGAAUGAAGAUGCAGAUGCUACUGAAGGAGAAAAACCUCACAUGAUUCCUAGGCCCCCUGUGUUAACUCCUAUAGUUAUUCCAGGCACUGAUUUCAUAGGGAGAGGACCCAGUCAAGGCAUUGGCAUCAACCCCGUGUUUUCAGAUGAGACUAAUUUAUGCAACGGUAAGCCGGUAGAUGGACUGACUACUUUGCGCAAUGGGACAUUAGUUGCAUUUCGAGGUCAUUAUUUCUGGAUGCUAAAUGCAUUCAGUCCACCAUCUCCACCUCGUAGAAUUACUGAAGUUUGGGGCAUUCCCUCCCCCAUUGAUACUGUUUUUACUAGAUGCAACUGUGAAGGAAAAACUUUCUUCUUUAAGGAUUCUCAGUACUGGCGUUUCACCAAUGAUAUAAAAGAUGCAGGGUAUCCCAAACUAAUUUCCAAAGGAUUUGGAGGACUAAAUGGAAAAAUAGUGGCAGCUCUCUCAAUAGCUAAAUACAAGAACAGACCUGAAUCUGUGUAUUUUUUCAAGAGAGGUGGCAGCAUUCAGCAGUAUACUUAUAAACAGGAACCCACCCAAAAGUGUACUAGAAGAAAGCUUGCUAUAAGUUAUCCAGUGUAUGGAGAAACGACACAGGUUAGGAGACAUCGAUUUGAACGUGCUAUAGAGCCUUCUCAAACACACACCAUCAGAAUUCACUAUUCACCCAUCAGAGUCACUUAUCAAGACAAAGGUUUCCUCCAUAAUGAAGUUAAAGUGAGUACACUGUGGAGAGGACUUCCAAAUGUGGUUACUUCAGCUGUAUCACUGCCCAACAUCAGAAAACCUGAUGGCUACGAUUACUAUGCCUUUUCUAAAGAUCAAUACUAUAACAUCGAUGUGCCAACUAGAACAGCAAGAGGCAUUACUACUCGUUCUGGACAGACCUUAUCUAAUGUCUGGUACAACUGUCCUUAGACUGAUGGGCAAAGGAAGAAUCGACUAACUAAAAUGAAGAAAAGAAUGAUAAAUUUUGACACUGAAACACAUUUUAUUAAUAAAGAAUGUUGAU